AGCCUGUUGGGGCCCAAAUGUUUAAAAUAACUUAAAUGAGUGUAAGGAUCUCUCGGAGUGGCCGCUUGGCUUUCUCCUUUAAAAAUGUGCUCUUGAUCUUAAACUGGGAAAUGUUAUGUUGUGAAGGUAAAUAUUUACUUUCUAUGAACAAAUAGAAACACGUUUGUUGUAGUGCUCUUUAGAAAGCAAAGAUUUCGAGCAUCUGAUCUAGUAAAUGUUAAAAAUAUUCUCGAGAGCUACCGACUAAGGAUGAAUUGUAGGCUUGCUGUGAUUCAUUCAGUACAUUUAAGUAAACAUGGUGUUAUCAUUGUCACCAAAACAUACACUACAUGUGCUAAUUAUUUAGUGACACUUAAAAACCUCAGAAAAACAAAUCGGUUUCACCUACUUUCACGACUUGAACUAAAACACCAGUGACUAUUUUUCAACUCGGAGCCCAGCUCAGCGCGUUCUGUCCACUUUUUGCUUCUCGGCUGUAUGAAGUUUCGAUUUUAAAAGACACCUCGAACGCACCAGACGUUAAACUUUUAUUGCGAAAGUCAGAAACCGGAAGCGCAAUUUGUCCCUGAGUACCAUGGAGGCAUGACGCCGGUGAGCUGAGUAGGCACUUUAAGCAGAAGAAAAGAGGAAAGCCACGCCAGGAAAGAUCCACCACGCUAGAGAAAGUUUUAAACAUCUGAAACUUACUGACACCAGAAUGGAGGUAUCAAGUCGAAGAGUCCUACUGAGGCACCUGGAGCCAGCGAGGCCCCUGCGCCGCUGCGUCCAUGUUAAUGUUGAGCCACAAAUAAAUGCUGCAGCAGGUGAACAGCCCUUGAUGGAGCAGGAGAGUACUGUUGGCAUAGAGCAGUUCUUGAAGAUUUUCAAUCUUCAUAAACAGAAAAAAGUAGAAAGAAUAAGUUACACAAGAGAUUUUUUAAUUGGUUUGGCCGGCUGCCCCGAAGCCAAGAAGAGGCCAGAAUACCUACCGGACCACCCCAUUGUGUUACCUGAGGCAAGGGAUCCAGGCCAGCAAGAGCUGGGAGUAACACAGUGGAAUGGUGUAAAAGAAGAUGUAUGAGACGCCAGCAAGGCCUCCCACGUCUUGAGAAACUUGCACAAGUGAUGUUUACAGCAAAUAGGUUUUGCACCGUGUUGAUUGCUUCUCUGCUUUAAUUUAUUUUAAUCUAUAACAUUACUGUUUGCAUGUAACUUUCAUGUUUUUUGACGCCUUUUUGCUGUGUGAAAUGUUUGUUUUAUCUUGUCUGUUUCAAGAAAGGCUUGAAACAGCAAGGCAAAUUUGCCAAUAUUUCUUUCUGACCUGAUGUAAAGUGUAGCUUUUGAACUUCAUAUAAUUCAGCAGAAAAUAUUGGAUUAAGUAAUUCGUUGAUAUUGUCUUUAUGUAUGACACAUGCAAAAAUACUGUUGUUUGCAUUAAAAAACAA